CGCACAAUCUUCUAAAUAAUAAACUCGAUAAUAACACGAAAUCAAACUACAAAGUGUAUUGCAGUAUAAGCUAUAUGCAUACAUAUAGAUAUACUGGCCCAUAACAACAAAAUACAUAUAGGGUUAUUUCUUAACCGGUACUAGGGAGAAAAUCUUCUAGAUUUAUAGGAACUUUUUCAUGGCAUGUGCUAUCGAUUUCAAUCAAUUUCAAAAAAUAUAUUUAAACGUUUUUUAAAUGUAUUAUUAUUGUCUCUUUGAUAAGAAAAUAAUUUAAAAUAAAUAAGGACAUUCAAUCGGAAAAAAAUGUCAAAAGAAUUUGACAAAGAAGUAACCUCUAAACUAUUGAACUAUUUACAAGCGCAAAUCCCAAAUUUUUGCAUAGACAAAGAGAAAAGAGAAGCCCUGUGCUUCAGAGAAAGACUUGAUGUAUAUUCCAAAAAUAAUUUCAUUACAAAUGACACAGGAUCCAUCGUCGGUAGUCACUGUAUAUCCGUAGAAAGCAUUGGCCCUGAAAAUCGCGAGUUUCUUUUGCAUAUUUUCUCGUCCAUGAAAAUCGAUGAUUUUUUAGGAGGGUCGAAAGUCAUUAGUUCAGCAACUGAAGAACUCCAUUGUCUGGAAGAGAAAAGAAUAGAAUUCAUUCACACCAAUGAUGGGAUGCUUGAAAAAACAUUGUAUGUGACCAAUGGGGAGGAUUAUUAUUCCAUUAAAGUUACAAAUGAUUUUCUCAAAAAUGAAAAUAAAUCAUUGAAUAUUUAUCACAAAGACAGCUGCAAAUUAAUUAGUGAUGGUUGUAGCAUAUUACUUAUGAGAUAUUUAGCCAUAACUGAUUUUCACGGUUCACUAUCAUUUGAUUUCAUUACAAUUGAUGGAAAAAUAAUGAUAUGCAAUUAUGAAUGUUUUUGUUCCAAGCUCAUGAAAAUAGGUAGUUAUAACUUGGAUGUUUACAUGAUUAGACAAACGUUUUGUGAAAAUAAAAGAGUUUUUCAUGAGAAUAAAAUAUGCAUGACUAAAAAUGGAAAAAUUAUUCACUUUGAUUGGGUUGAUUCAUCAUUCAUAAUGAAAAUAAAUCCUUCAUUUGAUCUGAUGAGUUGCAGUAAAGACCCGAUAAUUAUGCCAUUGAGAGAAAAAUGGCCAGAAGACAUGGAAUUAAUAUCAAAAUACAAAGAUAAAAGAGCUGAUAAAAUAGCUGAACAAGAAAGAUAUUUAUCACUACAUAGAGAAAUAUAUGAUGUUAUGGCUGACUAUGUUCAAACUUUACUUUGCAGAAAACCUGAAGAUAUAUUGCAAUUUACAAUAAAUUAUUUCAAAACAAUGAUAUAUGAUCCAACUUCAAAUGAGAAUUUACUUCAGGCAAAAUCCAAUUUUUGGAACAGUACUGACACAACUAAUUUAUUAAAAGAUGAGAUGAAUUAUUUAUUAAUCAAUGAUGUGCAACAUGCAAAUAAUUCUAUAUGUUCGAAUGGCAGCUGCACCCAAAACACAAGUCUUGCAUCUUUAGUAUCAAACCAUAGUACAUGCAGUUUUUGUUCAAACAAAUCAGAGAAUAAAAGUCAAUGCAAGUGAAUGCCAAGAGUAAAAUAAAAACGAACAAAGAAGAUUUUA